GGUUAUGUAAACAUGUUAGAAACGAUUUCAUACAAGUUUUUAGUUAAUUAUUUAAAUUUUUCCAACCAAAACUCAAAUAUACAUAAAAAAUAGUAAUAUUAAACGUAAAAUUCAGUGAUUCUAGUUAAACGUAAAAGAAAAUGAUUUUUAAUACUUUAUAUUUUUUAAUAGUUAUUAUUUUACAAAUCUUAAAUAAUAUUGAAUGUUUUAACUUUGGUUACGUUGGAGAAGCAGCUCAUUACGCAAAAUGUUUAAUAACGGAAUGUUGCGGCGAUAAAUACAUCAUUGGUGAUUUAAGAAGGCUCCGUUCAACGCUGGAUAAGCAACUUUUCGGUCAAAACUUAGCGAAGGAAGUUGUUUUAAACGCGAUAAGAGCCCAUUGGGAGAACGAUUUUAGUCAAAAAGCUUUAACGUUGAGUUUUCAUGGACCUCCGGGAACAGGGAAAAAUUACGUAUCGAGAAUGAUUGUUGAUAGUUUGUAUAAAGAAGGAUCGAAAAGUCAAUAUGUACAUCAUUUUCAAGGUAGAAUUCAAUUUCCUAAAGAAGAUCAAGCUGAUAUUUAUAAAGAAAAUAUUUAUUUGUGGAUAAAAGGGAAUAUAACGAAAUGCGAAAAGCAAUUAUUUAUAUUUGAUGAAGUUGAUAAGAUGCCAUCGGCUGUUUUAAAUGGAAUUAAGCCAAUAAUUGAUUAUCAUGACACCGUGGAAAAAGUGGAUUAUCGAAAAAGUAUCUUUAUUUUCCUCUCAAAUACAGGAAGCUCAUUAAUAAACGAUCAUUAUAUAAGUUUAUGGAAGUCUGGAAAGAAACGAAGGGAUAUAAAGUUAAAAGAUUUUGAGAAAUUAAUUGCAGCUGGUGCUUUUAAUGAAAAAGGAGGAUUUCAUCAUUCCGAUACGAUUAAAUGCAACUUAAUUGAUCAUUACAUUCCAUUUCUUCCCCUCGAAUAUGAUCAUGUUCGAUCGUGCAUUUACACAGAGUUUUCUUUAAGGGGUGUAUCUCAUUUUCAAGAAAGAGAUAUCUUGGAAGUUUUAGAAGGUGUCGAAUGGGGUCCAAGCCCAGAAAAUUUAUUUUCAAAAACCGGCUGUAAAAGACUCAGCCAAAAAGUAGCAAUGAUUACACAAAAAAAUUAUGCACCACCUUUAAACGACGAAUUGUAAUUAUUUUUUAGAUAAAUUCAUUUAUUCAUCUCAUUUUGUGAUAAGAUGUAAAAGUAAUUUCAAUUAACAUUUAUACUUAUUGUUAUUAAUUCUUUUUGGAUGUAAAAAUAAAGCUUAAUUAAAUAAA